AUGAGGCCGAAUGUGUGCCCAGUGUUUGAGUUGGCCCUGGUGGGACACCAAGAGCCCUGUGUUCAAGCCUUUAGUCGGAUGGUCAAGAUGUGGAAACAAGGGUGUACAAAGAGGAGGUGGUGUGUGAGCUAUGAGAGAAGGUCUGGGUACUACACAGUUUACAAGCAGGUGUACAGGAUGGAGCACCAGACUGUCUACAAGUGCUGCCCUGGGUGGGUCCAGCGUGACAACGAGCCCGGCUGUUUGCACUUGCUCUGCACAGCUGGCACUUGCUUCAAUGGAGGCAAAUGUUCUGAAGAAGGAUCCCAGGUGUGCCAGUGUCCUGCAGGAUUUCAGGGUCCUCGCUGCCAGUAUGAUGUCAACGAGUGCACCGCGGAGAACGGGGGCUGUCAGGACCAGUGCUGCAACACCGUCGGCAGCUACCACUGCAAGUGUCCAGCUGGCCAGAAACUGGAGGAAGAUGGAAAAUCAUGUGGAGACGUGGAUGAGUGUGCUGUGGUGAACGGUGGCUGCCAACAGGGCUGUGUCAACACUCCCGGCUCCUUCCACUGCCAGUGCCGGGCGGGAUUCCGGCUCCACGCCGACGGACGCACUUGCAUCGCCCUCCAUUCCUGCAGCGUUAACAACGGGGGCUGUGAGCAGGAGUGUGUUCAACUUGAGGACCACUACAAGUGCCAGUGCCAGCCAGGCUACCAACUGAGGAGGGAUGCCAAAUCCUGUGAAGCAAUAGACCCCUGCACAAGUGGGAACGGAGGAUGCUCACAAAUCUGUCAAAACGCGGGAGGAAUUGCAAAAUGCGAGUGUCAUCCAGGGCAUUAUCUUUCUGCAGACAAAAAGUCCUGUUUAGACAUUGAUGAGUGUGCAGAAGGCAGAGCCAGGUGUGCUCAUCGUUGUGUGAACACUCUGGGAUCCUUCACCUGUGCCUGCAAUCCUGGCUUCGAGCUGGGGGCUGAUGGAAAGCAGUGCUACCGCAUCGAGAUGGAAAUCGUCGAUAGCUGCCAGGAGGGCAACGGAGGCUGCUCCCACCACUGCGAGCACACGGCCGCAGGGCCCCGCUGCUCCUGCGACAGCGGGUAUCGCCUGGGCAUGGAUGGACAGACCUGCACGGAGGUGGACGAGUGUGAGACUGGGGAGUCCUGCUGCUCCCAGUUCUGCAUCAACUACGUGGGGGGCUAUGAGUGUGCCUGCAAAGGGGGGUUCCAGCUCAACGCCGAUGGCUGUGCCUGCGACGAUGUGGAUGAAUGCCGUGUGGAUAAUGGCAACUGCGACCAUUUCUGUGUUAAUUCCCUGGGGUCGUACGAAUGUGCCUGUAAGGAGGGGUACAGGCUCGGUGAUAACAGAUGGGCCUGUGUCGCCCUAGGUGGGGAGGAGGCAGAUGCAGAGGAGGCAGUGGGGUUCGCUGGUGCUCCGGGGCUGCAGUUCCGAGGUCCCCCCCAGCUCCUCCACUACGCGCUCGGGGCCCUGUACGAGGAUGAAGACCCCCGAGGAGAGCUCACCCUGGUGCACAGGGUCGUUUGCCUUGAUAACACUUUCGGCCACGACUGCAGCCUGAGGUGUGAGGACUGUCUGAACGGGGGCCGGUGUGACAGCGACCACAGCGGCUGUGUUUGCCCCCCUGGCUGGACUGGAAUUAUCUGCAAUGAGACUUGUCCCCCCGGGACCUACGGCAGAGGCUGUGCUGGUGUCUGCAAGUGCCAGAACGGAGGCUCCUGUGACCCCGGCACGGGGCAGUGCCGCUGCCUGCCCGGAGUGCACGGCCGGCUCUGCGAGGAUGGUUGCCCGAAAGGUUUCUUUGGGAAGAACUGUAACAAGCCGUGCAACUGUGCCAACAAGGGCUACUGCCACAGACUCUAUGGAGCCUGCCUGUGUGACCCCGGGCUCUACGGGCGCUUCUGCCACCUCACCUGUCCCAGGUGGGCCUUCGGAGCGGGCUGCUCGGAGGACUGUCAGUGUGUGAAGGAGCACACGCUGGAGUGCGACGCCAGGAACGGCUCCUGCACCUGCAAGCCUGGGUAUCACGGCAAGAAGUGUCAGAGAGAGUGCACACCUGGCUUUUAUGGGGCUGGUUGCAAGCUGAGGUGCAACUGUCCUCCUGAUAUUUUGUGUGAUCCUGAGACAGGAGUCUGCAAACAUCCGUGUCCACCUGGGUUUCAUGGAGAAAAAUGCCAUUUAUCUUGUCAGCCUGGGAGUUUUGGGGUGAGCUGCAGGCAGAGGUGCAACUGUGGAGGAGCACCAUGUGAUCCAAAGACAGGGCAGUGUGUUUGCCCAGCUGGGAAGACUGGUGCUACGUGUGAGCAAGAUUGCCCAGCUGGCUGGUGGGGACCAGACUGCCAGUCCUCCUGUGAACCCUGUGCCAAUGGGGGACAGUGCAACAGAGAAACUGGAGCCUGUGACUGUCCCCCUGGCUACACUGGGGCAUCCUGCUCUGACACCUGCCCCGACGGCUCCUAUGGACCAAAGUGCCACUUGCUGUGCAGCUGUGGCAGCAGUGCCCAGUGUCACCACGUCACUGGAGAGUGCUCGUGUCCCCCGGGCUGGACUGGCCCCGGCUGCAAACACCCCUGCAGCAGCGGCCGCUGGGGCCCGCGCUGUGAGAACUCCUGUGUCUGCAGCAACAGCGACGGCACCUGCGACCCCAUCACCGGCUCCUGCCUCUGCGAGCCGGGAUUCACCGGGACGCACUGCGAGCACAGGUGCCCCGAGGGAAGCUUUGGCCCAGGCUGUGAGCACAGCUGUCAGUGCCAGAAUGGAGCUGCCUGCGACCACGUCAGCGGAGCCUGCACCUGCACAGCGGGCUGGACAGGAACCUUCUGUGAAAGAGCUUGUCCAGAAGGAUUCUUUGGGCUUGACUGCCACCAGGUGUGCAAGUGCAAGAAUGCUGCUGGCUGUGACCACGUCCUGGGCACGUGCCGCUGCCUCCCGGGCUGGCUGGGAGAGACCUGCGAGCAGCCCUGCCAGGGGAAUAGCUACGGGCCGGGCUGCAGCAACACUUGUCACUGUCACAACGGAGCGCUCUGUCAUCACGUCACUGGGACGUGCCUUUGUAGCCCGGGCUGGAAAGGAACCACCUGCCAAGAAGGCUGCCCUCCUGGAUGGUAUGGUGCAAACUGCCUCCAACGCUGUGUCUGCCAUGGCCAGGCCACGUGUGACAGUGUGACAGGAGAGUGCCAGUGUCCCCAGGGCUGGACAGGGACAGCAUGUGAGCUGGAGUGUGGGGAUGGGCAGCAUGGAGAGGGCUGUGAGCAGAACUGCAGCUGCCACCACGGGGUGUGUGACCAGCCCUCGGGGAAAUGCGUCUGUCGUGCCGGCUGGACUGGGGACCACUGUGAUGUUGCCUGCCCCCCGGGAUAUUUUGGGAAGCGGUGCGAGGAGCGGUGUGACUGCGUGCACGGCUUGUCCUGCCACCACCAAACCGGAGCGUGUCACUGCCAGAAGGGAUGGCGAGGGAGGCACUGUGACAAACCGUGUUUGCCCGGCCGGUUUGGCACGGGCUGUGCCCAGCGGUGCCGCUGUCCCCCCGGCAGCCCCUGCCACCACCUGACGGGAGCCUGCGGUUGUCCCCCGGGAUUCACCGGCCACGGCUGCGAGAAAACUUGUCCACCGGGCACGUAUGGGAGGAACUGUAACGGAGUGUGCCAGUGCUCUGCCAAGAACCAGGAAUGUCACCCUGUGACUGGAGAGUGCUCCUGCAUCCCGGGGUACCACGGUGCCCAGUGCCACCUCCGGUGUCCAAAAGGUACUUAUGGUUCAAACUGCCAAAAUCCCUGUAAAUGCAUGAACGGAGGCCACUGCGACCCCGCGUCGGGAGCGUGUGAUUGCGCGCCCGGGUUCAUUGGAGCCGACUGCAGUAAAACUUGCCCUGAAAACCGAUAUGGGAAGGACUGCACCCAGUUCUGUGCCUGUGGUAAAGGUCAGUGUGACCCACGGACUGGCAAGUGCUCCUGUCCCCCUGGCCAAAUGGGACCUGGCUGUCAGCAAGUGUGUCCCCAGGGACGGUAUGGCCCCAGCUGCCACCUGACAUGUACCUGUCAGAACGGUGGCAUCUGUGACCACGUGGAUGGCAACUGCACCUGCGGGCUGGGCUGGACAGGAAGAUCCUGUGAGAAAGAAUGUCUCCCAGGGAAGUAUGGGUCUGGCUGCACCUUGGACUGCUCGUGCCAGCACAAUGGCACCUGUGACAGGUUCACAGGGUGCUGCCAGUGCCCCCAGGGCUACUACGGGCACUCCUGCGAGCACAGGUGCCCCCUUGGAUUUUAUGGGCUGGGCUGUCUUCACCCCUGUGCCUGUAAAAAUGGAGCGAGCUGUGAUGCAGUGACAGGACAGUGCAUUUGUCCUUUGGGGUAUCACGGUGUCCACUGUGAAAAAGCCUGUGACAGGGGUUGGUUUGGUGAGAGGUGCCAGCGUCGGUGUGACUGCGGAGAUGCUCCUUGUGAUCCAGAGACUGGGAAGUGCCUUUGCCCACCUGGGAAGACUGGAGACAAAUGUGACCUUGAAUGCAGGUCAGACCGGUAUGGCCCCAACUGCUCCCUGCGGUGCCAAUGUGCCAGCAAAUCCCAGUGCAAUCCAUACAACGGGAACUGCGCCUGCCCAGCCACGUGGAUGGGGCCAACCUGCAGAGAAGGUGGCCCUGCAAAGCUUCCUUUUUAUGAAGAACAAACUCAAGAAAAAGGGAGUAUUUUUCCAAGAGCUCUACAACAGUAACAUUUGGACUAAUAAAUGAACUGUUUUAUAUGCACAGACGGUAUUUGAAUUUGGAUAUGAAAACAGUUAUUCAAUUCAGCUUGAAUUGUACUGAAGUAUUCACACUUCUUAUGGAAGACUACAGAGGCCAUUUAGUAGUUGGAUCCUUUUAAAAAGCUGAAUCUGUUUCAUGUACUUAUUUCUAGCCUCUUGCCCCUCCAUUAAUCUACUCUGGACAUUCUUUCUGAUAUUAAUAUAAUUCAUCACUUGAAAGCUUGGACAUGUUUUUAAUCAGACCAACUCCAGAGAGAAUCAGGAUAAGCAGUGUGUAACACAUCAAUGUUCAGUGAGCCACGCCACGUAUCAGGGACUUUCUAAACCCUCCUGA